AUGGCCGACGCUCACGUUCCCAAGGCAGAGUCUCCCGUCGCUCGGGAGAAGCUCGAGGUUUUGCGCCGGCGGCAGGAAGAUGAGGCUGACGUGACGAUAGCCCAGGAAGCCAUGGCCAAGUUCACCAUUGAGAAGGACAUCGCACAGCACAUCAAGCGCACAUUCGACGAGCGAAAGGGACCAACCUGGCACUGCAUUGUUGGCCGAAAUUUCGGUAGCUUCGUUACCCACGAGACCAAGCACUUUAUCUACUUUUACCUUGGCCACUGCGCAAUUCUACUAUUCAAAACGCAAUAG